AUGCCCUACAAAGUUGAUCGAGGCGCCGUGCACGCCAACUCCUCCCAUCGAGUUUCCUCCGCCCUGCCAGACACGGAGCAACUCAAUGGCGCCUCCCUCUGUGGCUGCGAACGCCUCUUUCCUCCAGAUAUGGGCGCCACGAUCAUGGGUGGAUGGAUCGUCGAGAAACUGUUCGGAGCGGACAUUCGCACCCAGGACAGAUCUCGCUACCUCCAACUCUCGGAAGCCACGACGGCGGUGUCCACCCCGAGCUUGAACUUUGAUAAUGCUAUUAUGGCCGCUCUCUCAGAGCUCUUUGGCCCGCAGGUCGCCGAUGCCAUUAUUGCCACCGACAAGUAUAAGAGCGAGAUGGCCUCCGAGAGCGUGGUGCUCUGCAUCGCUCUACAAGCCGAGUAUUCUGGAUCUAGAGAUUGCGAGUUCCUUGCUUCGGUGUAUGACAUUAGUCUCCAAGAGGUGGUUGUUGGCCCUGUAUCUGACCCAAUUCAGAUCAUGCUCGCGAGCCAUGGUUUAUUGACACGGUCCUUUCAGCGUGAUGUGCUCUGCAUGGAUAUGGUGAGCUAG